GCCAGUCCGAGCUUGCCCGACCUCACGACGCGACACUCCGCACGCGACCACAAAACGCACGCGAACUCAAGAUAAUAUAUCGAGAGCGCUGAAAAUCGGACACGUUUCCCGUGUUUAAAAAGUCGCUGUAGUGUCUUGUCAGUGCGAACAUGCAAAUGUUGGCGUCCCUGAUUUUGGCGUGCGCUUUCUGUGGCGUCCGAAGCGUCAUCCGAACGCCUCUGGAAGCGUUCAGGCCGUCCGCAGAAAUCCACAUUAGAAGACCGGACAAACUGCCGCUUCCGCCGCACAGGAGGACGACGUUACCGCCGAUGAGUGGAAUCAAGAUUUUAUAUCAGACAGGGGUUUCGGAGGACGAUUUGCCCGAUUGCCGACCGCGACAAGUCUGCAGUAAGGUUGACCUCUACGACGCUUCCCAGCCGUGGAUAGAGAAGAAAUGUCGGUGCUUAGGACACAGGCCGUGUUCGAGGUAUGAAAGCGAACUGUCGGCCGACGACAACCACACGCUGGCCGACAAGACGACCUUGUACAAAACUUGCGAGCCAGUGAAGAGGUUGCCUAAAUGCCGUUACUUCAAGGACGCAGCGUGGAUCAUCUACACGUUUGCCGAUACGAACGCGACUCAGCAGAUCGUCAACUGUCACUGCCCCAAGUUCUCGGUCACGUACCUGCUAAAGAAGCUACCGUACACGGCAUCUAGCGGCGAACAAGGGAACCAGUACCAGUUUGGUUGCUCACCACAAAGCAGGCUUCGUUGCUCAAGGAAGGAGCCUUGUAAGUUGUUCAGCGCGAGACGACGUCACGAGCAGAUCGACGAAGUCAACGCCAAUACCAUCUGCCAGUGUCCAAGGGACCACAGCUGCCCUAGGCAUCACACAGAGCCCGGAGUCCUCCCGGGAAUCACGUACGCUUCAGAAGACAUCCGUACGUACCACGGUUACUGCAUGCAGGAACCACCCCCGGAUACCUUCAGAUUCGUCGGAGAUAAAGAUUGAGUACGAACUAAUAAGAAAGUGUGAAGCAAAACCGAUAACUCGAUAUUAUAUCGAUUUGAGAAUCGAUUCGUGUGAUUUAUUGUUUAUGUUUUAAAUUUUGUUCCUUAUUUUAUUUGUAUAUCUUCAAGAUAUUAUGAAAAAUUUUAAUGACAUUGUAAAAUAUAUUUUUUUUAAUCGAGAAUAACGUUAAUUUAUAAGUUGGGUAUUGUUAUACGAAUUAUGAAAACACUUUUAAGACGAAUGUUCCAGUACUAGUGUUUUUUAAUUGCCCUAUAAUUUGCCUUAUGUACUUUUUAUAAAUAAUUAUAUUUCGAGUAAAUACUGUACAGUUGUAUGCUGUAGUUAAAGUACAUAAGUUUUAAUUUUAUUGAAUAUACCGUUUCGUUCGUUUACCUGUAUAGUACAAAUGCGAUAUUAUAGUUGAUCGCUUUUGAUAGUUUUACGAUUUGAUUUAGUUAUGUAUAAAAUAAAGUACGAUUGUUUUUGCGAAAACCGACUAUUGCAUAACGUUUUUGUGAAAACCGACUAUUGUAUAACGUUUUUGUCCGAUUGUUUUUGCGAAAACCGACUAUUGCAUAACGUUUUUGUGAAAACCGACUAUUGUAUAACGUUUUUGUCCGAUUGUUUUUGCGAAAACCGACUAUUGCAUAACGUUUUUGUCCGAUUGUUUUUGCGAAAACCGACUAUUGUAUAACGUUUUUGGCUGAUUGUUUUUGCGAAAACCGACUAUUGUAUAACGUUUUUGUCCGAUUGUUUUUGCGAAAACCGACUAUUGUAUAACGUUUUUGUCCGAUUACCGACUAUUGUAAAACGUUUUUGUCAAGUGAUAGAAGAAAAAUUAGAAAGUGUAAAUAAAAAUUUAUAGUAUUUAGAAAUGCCAUUUUAAAUGAGUUUGAUAUUUGUGUGGCGUUCAACAUUUUCUAUUUCUUGUCUGUUUACAAUUAUAUGAGUCGACUAUUAUCAAAGCCGGCAAUCUGACUUUUGGACAAUGAUUGGUAAAUCAGAAAAACGAAUUAUUGACUUUGUAUUCCAUUGGCAGUCACAAAACUCUUCGGAACGAAAUCUUAGAUAAAUAACAGGUUAACUAUUAACCUUUAUUUAGUGAAGGUUUUGAACCGUAUUCUUUGAAGGAGACGAUUAUAUUCAAAUCAAUCUGUAUUGAUAUAUCAAUAAAAAUAUUUUGUCCCAAUGCACAGAUUGCCACCUUUGAUAAUAGACGACUCAUAUAAAGAAAAACUUAGUUGUGUUUCUAUUCUAUGAAUGUAUCUGUGCUUUUCUCAAUAAAUUCUUCCUCGCUGUUCUAUUAAAAAAAAAAAACAAUAUGUCGUUAGAGCAGAAAGAAAAACCGAAUUACAAAUAAGUGGCUAAUUUCUAAUUGUUUCUGUUAAAUCGUGUAAAUAUUAUAUUAGUUUUAGAUCGAUCAUUCCAGACGUUUUAGAUUAAAAACGAUUAUAUUUAUGUUUUAUUAUUUAACUUGCCAUAAUAGGUUGAGAGAACGCUACUUGUUCAUUGUUUUGUUUGCUUUUAUCGAAUUUGUAUAGAACGUUAGUAUUACGUUAACAAUCUCUUAGUUUUACGCAGACUGUUCAAAUAAUUUUGCCUUUUUAAAUUUGGUAACAAAAUUACACUUGUACCCAUCAAAAAACGCAUUUACUAAAUAUACGUGAAUAUUUUGAUGAGCUAAGUAUACUGUGAAAUUUUCUUACCAACAAACCGAACUAAAUAAAUUAAGAUUGUUAUAAUCUUAGUAAAUAAGAUGUGAAAAGGGUUUAGUUGAAAUUUAUGUCAUUUAAAUUUCCAAGAUAUUCCAUAGACAAUCAUGAUUGACUGCACCUUUUUUUAUUUCAACUCAUAACAAUUCUCUACGAGAUAUACUCAUGUAACAUUUAAAACAAGUGCAUUUAACGAUAUAUAUAUAUUUUAAUACAUACAUUUCAUAGUUUUAUAUGUCUAUGUAUUUAAUGUACGUAUGUAAAUACAAAAUGAAAGUCGACGUUUGUAUUGUGACUCGGUAUGUCUUCCUUAUUUUUGUUUUGAUGUAUAACUAUGGUGUAAGUUAAAUUAUUCAAAGACAAAUGAAUACAUGUUUUCGUAUCAAUA